UUUAAUUUUUUUUAUAGACCAGCUGUCGAACACUGAUCAUCUGCCGGCGCGUCUGAGUGUUUUUAUUGUUGCUUAUAAUUUCCAUUGAAAGUGGAGGUCGUAAAUAAAUAGUACCCAAUAUUAAUGAGCCUUGUUCUCUUUAACUUGUAACUUAGAGAUAUACAAUACAAUAAAGUGCUCUCCUGCAAUUUCUUAAAUCUAAAAAAUGUCUAGCGACUUAAUGAGUCAAUUUUAUGCUGCAUUAAAUUUACCAGUAUUGGAAAAAGUUAUAGAGCUCACAAAAAUCUUGGACCAGGCUGGACCUAGUAAAGACUUUCAAGCACUGUUUCCUCAGUUGGUAAACAAUAUAUUUGCAUCACCCAAUAACAAUGGGUGGGGCCUGCGACAAAUUACAUGUGAACAAAAUAAAUACGAAUUCGAAGCAUUGAUGAGUUUUUUAGAACCACAUGGACCAUUAUUUAGAAUGUGUUAUAAAUUAUUAUUUGAUCCUCAGUUGAAAUAUAAUCUUCCUUUAAGUAUGCUGCCAUUUGAAUUACAAAUAAUAUUAGAGAGAGGAGGCAGGUGUCCACAAUUUUAUUCAGAUAUGCUAACAUUGGAUUCUAAUUCAUUAAAUGUGGUUGCAUUAGCCUUAAAUCCAUUUGAUUAUUACAUAUUCAACUUUGCAAUACAUUUGACAAAUAACAACCAAAACAAAAGCUCCUGGGAGAUAUGGAACAGUGUUUAUUUCGCUUUGGCUUGUGACUACCUUACACACUUUUUGCCAACUGAUCCCAAUACAUGUGUUCUACCAGUGAUACCACAUUAUAAUGGCAAAGUACCUCUUGUUGCACCACUUCAGUCAGUUAACAGACCUUUAGGUUCACCUUCUUUAUUACUUGUACCUGAUUUAUCUGGUAUAAGUAACCAACACCCAUCUUCCCAAAAUCAAUCAAGGAAUGAAAUCUGGCGUUCAGAAACUGUAUUACAAGUUUUUAUUGACAUUUGGAUGAGUGUGGAACAGUUUAAUUCACGCAACAUUGAGAUGUACCAAAGAAAUUAUCCAGCAAUAUUUUCAAGUCCUGAAAGAGUGAGGCUAGUGCGAGUUGUUAUUAAACAUAUUUACUCAUAUUCUGCAAAGUAUAAUUCUGAUCCAGCAGUAAGGUCAUCAGCGCUUCGUAAAUAUGCCAAGCAAAUAAUGUGUACACGGGCAUACCAAUAUGUAAAACACUUGGUAUCAACGUGGCCUCUGGACGCCUCAUUUAGACUUGUGAUGGAGUUGUGGCUAAGUCUUAUACAACCAUGGCGAUACACAAAUAAUAACGUCUCUAGAGAUAGGCACAAUAUUAAUCAAAAUCAAGAUGAAGGAACAAGUGCAAAUUUAGAUCCAAGCUAUAUACAGUUCAUUGCUGAAAAUUUUCCAUCAUAUACCUAUAUACUACAACUAGUUUUGCCUAGAUUUAUGAGACUUGAUUUAUCCACAUACAAAAAUGCUGUAAUGUUAUUUAGAUUAGGAAAGGUUUUUUCACAACAACAUUUGAUGCCCAUACUAUUGAAUUUGGAAAAGGCAAUAACUGAUAAUGUAACAGGCUUGUACACACCUGAAACAAGCUUCAAUAAUUCUAAUCUCGAUCAAAGUUACACAUACAAUGGUAUAUCAUUGCAUAAAUGGGUGUCAAUAGCGAAACAAGCGAUUUCUGAAUUGAAUAUGAUGACAACUUUUGAAUAUGAUCCAAUUUGGAGCGAAAAUAAGAAGCCACUUUAUGUAGAACUUGUUAAAAAAAUGAUUUCUGCUAAGCAUGUGUCUGAAAAAUUUGUGGAAGAAUAUAGGAGUAAAUACAAUCGAGAAAACCAUGGUUUCUGGGGGAGCAUUAAGCAAUGGUUUAUGAUAAAUAAUAAUGAUGAAGACCGAAUGAUAUUAGAAGAGUCUGAAAAAGUGCCUGUUUAUCUUAAUCAUUGUAUAAAUUACUUUACUAAUAUAUUUAUGGUUAACGACAAUAUGAUGUUGGCGGAGGCUGAUGUGAUCGAUAAUUCUUUUGAACAUUCAUCCUUUGCAAAUUCAAAUAAUUUCUCUUUUUCCAUAGCGCAAAAACUACGAAGCAAACCCACAGGACUGCACUACAUGGGCGAUCCUGAUUUAAUGCCUAUAAUGUCCUAUGAAAACACAAUUCUUGUUAGACUGCUUUACCAAUUGGCAACAAAAUUGAACGAACUGUACUGUGAUGAAUUUGUCACACUGUGGAAUCGACAAGACUUUUGGGGAUAUGCGGCUCGUGAAGUGCUACAAAAACCAAUUACAAUUCAAACCUAUAUGAAGGACGUAACCAAUCAUCAAAACAUUGUGUCCAAAGAUCUGCCGCCACGAUUGUCUUUUAGGAGAUUUGGAUCAAACAUAUUUGUCGUGUGGCUUACUAUUGGAUACAUAUUUUUUAGACUUUUAUCAUAUAAUGGCCUAUUUUAUAUAUUAUUUUUGAUCAUGUCGGUACUAAUGAUUGUUUUGACUAAAGCUUCAUUGAAAAUGUGUAAAAUUAUUAAGUCCUAAUUGACUAUUUUAAAUAAAUUUAUUUUUGUACA